AAUAAAAACCCCUAUCUUCCACUUUCUUUGAGCUCACUCCCAUUAUCUCCUUCGUUACCCAAUUUCUCCCAUUCUUCUUCUUCUGUCCCUUUCCUCACACGCCACUGACUGAGCUGAGAGACACGAAAGAAACAGAGUGAAACAGAGUUAUUGUGAAGUCUGAAAGUCUGACCCAUUGGCUCUGAGUCCCAAUGCCGUCGGAAUCAGCCAACAGAACCAACAGUAGGCCCCAACCCCAACACACCAUGGGCUUCCCUCCCCCUCCCCAAUCCGACCCUCUCCCCUGUCCCCGCUGCGAUUCCCUCAACACCAAGUUCUGUUACUACAACAACUACAACCUCUCCCAGCCCCGCCACUUCUGCAAAUCCUGUCGCCGCUACUGGACCCACGGCGGCACCCUUCGCGACGUCCCUGUCGGCGGCGGCUCCCGCAAGAACUCCAAACGCUCUCGCUAUCACAACAUCAACAACACCCCUUCCUCUGCCCCUGCCUCUUCUUCCACCUCUGUUUCUUCUUCCACCUCUGCUUCCUCUUCCUCCUCUGUUUCUCUUCUCCCCACUGCCGCUGCCGUCAAUAAUGAUAUCAACGAUACCAUCCCUCCUCCUGGAACCUUCACCUCUUUGCUCAGCUCCCAAGCCUCCGGAUUCUUAGCUCUUGGCGGAUACGCCUCUGCCUCUGCGUCGGGCCAUCCCCCUGCAGCGUUCGACGAUAUGGGGUUUGGCCUCGGCAGGGGAUUGUGGGGUACUGCUUGUACUUACCCUGAAGUUGGGGAUCUCGUCGGGAGUUACGCCGCUGCUGGGGCUCCGGAGACGUCUUCUUCCGGGUACAACACGUGGCAGAUGAAUGCCAGUGACGGCGGCGGUAACGGUGGAGUUGUCGAUGGUGAUUUGCUGGGUUGGCCGGACCUUGCCAUUUCCAUGCAAGGCAAGAGCUUGAAGUAAUCUUAUAUUAUAAUACACACAACAGCAACAAUUUCAAUGCUUUGCUUUGAGUCCCAAAAUCAAAUGCUCUCUAAUUUCCUUCAUUUUUUCCCCCUCAGUGGCUUUUCUGAAUCUUGCCUUCUUCAAUUUCUGUGUUUUUUUUCUCUUUUUUUCUUUUAUUGGGUAAAUGUCUGUUGGGUAUAGAGAGUAUAAUAGAGACUGAUAGAAUACAGCAAAAAGACGACGACUUGGUCGGAUAUUGAGAGCAUACGCCUUGUGGGUGAAAAUGGUGUCUCUGUCAUUAUUAGGCUUUUUUUUUUUUUUUUUUUUAAAUUUAUUUAUUUUCUUGGGGUUUUGUCAACUAUGUCUGAAGUAGCAGAAACUCUUCUUCGACAAAAAAAAAAAAAAAAAAAAAACAAAAAAAACAAAAAAAACAAAAAACGAAUGUUUUCUGGGAGAUUUCCCUUUGUAUCUGUUUAUACAAAUUGUGUUAUUUUGCUUGCCAUCAUCCAUCUUCUUCAUACUUUUUCCAUUAUAUUCUCAAAUCCAUAUAUCAAUCUGAAUCUGAAUGGAAAACCAAUAAAUUCAAAAGAAAAAGAAAAACAGAGAGUUGGAAUGAUUAAUGGGGUUUGUGUUGUGUUCGAGGGCGAUCCUCGGACCAUCCGACAUACGAAUUAAUUACACCCCAACAGCUCGGAUCCAUGGCUACCUGAUUCAAAACCCAAUGCACAAUGCGCUCAAUUAAAGGGGGAAAAAACGUUUAAAUUAAAAGAAUGAGAAUCCCAAAGGAACCGAAGAAGAAGAAGAAGAAGAAGAAGAAGCAGCAGAAGCCUGAGAAAGAAGAAAACAGGGACCGAUAAAACUGAUGGAGCAAAUAAUGUUCAUUGUGUCAAGAGACGACGCCGUUUCUGUUGCAGUCCUAUCAAUCUGACAUUUGACAUUUGACUUUGACUGAUAAUGGAAGAAGAAGGAGAGACCAAACGUGUUAUUGAGAAUGAUUGGGAAUGGUUCUUUAGGGGGCAAUGGGAACGGAAAUAGCGCCCCAACCCAACUCCGAAGCCUUUACUUAAUUUGCCCAAACAAUUCACAGCAUAGCUCCACUGUUAGCGCUGUGGGCGCCCCAUUCUCUAUUCUUCUUCACUUACUAUCAUCAUUUCCCCUUGUGGGGUUUUUUUUCAUUUUCUUCAUUUUCUAAUUCCCUACCAACCCAACAACCAUUAUCUAAACAAUUCUUUUUUUGUUUUUUCCUUCUAUAAUAUUUAUUU